AUGACCGCUUUCCAUCCAUUUCCGCGGCUUCCUCUGGAGCUCCGAGAGCAGAUCUGGAAGGACACCAUCGAACCGCGCACUGUCGACGUCCGGCGUACUCGAAAGGGGACUGAACGUUAUGGCCAGCUGGUCUCGUCUACGCCAAUACCAGCCAUGCUACAGUCCUGCCGGGAAGCGCGAAACCUUGGACUUUACGAGCGAGUUUUCUUUGAGGUUACUCCUGCAACAAAACAAUUAAAAGGCAAAAACGAGGCUGAGAACGCCAUGAAGAGGUUCUUCACGCUCGAUGAGCGGGGAGAAGAAGGGCCCAAGAAAGCAGGCUCUCCUGACACGGAGCAACGCUAUGUCUGGUUAGAUCUUAACAUUGAUAUGGUGGAUAUUGGGGCUUCUAGGUUCUGCAACUACGAAUCGGUCGCAUCAGCAGUCAAGCGUCUCAAAUUCGAGCGAGAGAACUCAGAGGAAUACUUCUACCAUACUGAAUCAACUGAACUCAUGAAUUUUGCUAGUGUGGAAGAGAUUCACAUAGUCUGCGCAGAUGGUUUCUGGAUGUGGGCUGGAGCUACACACGAGCAUUCCUGGCCCUGCGCCGAAGAAAAGCUGGUGUUUAUUGACGCAUUCAAUGGUCGGGUUGCGCGUGGCAUUGAAUUUGAAAAGAUAUGUAUACAGACGCUGGAGGACGCUUGGCUAGGAGCUCCUGGCGAAGCAUUUUCCACUGAUGACGAGUCUUGA